CUGAACCUCGAAUUCAAAACGGCCGCAUCGUACACGUACGUACAAGGAAUACAGUACAGGCUUCGUAUGCUAUUACAGUAGUUGCAGAGAGCCUACCGCCAGCUAGCUAGCGCGUCUCUUCUUCGGCAAUGGGGGCUUUUCAGCGGCUACAGCUGUGCGUAGAUCACCACACCCUUUCCCUCUCACCCUUGUGCUAAUUUGGAACCUUCAGGCCAGGGACACCAUCAUCAGUACCUAUGGAGUUGGAAAAUAUUGUUGCCAACACUGUGUACUUGAAGGCCAGGGACGAGAGUGGUGGUGGCAAACGCAAAGGCCGGAGUAAAAAGUGGCGACAGAUACUCAAGUUUCCCCACAUAACAGAGUGCCAACGCCCUACAGAAAGAUUAGAAUUUGAGAGUAUAUGUGAUGAGCAGCCGAUAGGCAGGGCACUGUUCAGGGAGUUUUGUGAUACAAAACCAGAGCUCAAAAGGGCCAUCACAUUCUUAGAUACAGUUAGUCGCUAUGAAGUUUCUUCACAGGAUGACAGGAGCAGACAAAGUCAUGAAAUCUUUCAUCAAUAUAUAUCACAAGAGAGUCUACAAAGAUUGGAGAUGAUUGAAGGAGAGAAGGUAACAGAAUGUCAGAAUGCAUUACUAGAUACACCAGGAACAGAGCUUUUCAAUGAAUGUAGAAUAGUUGUAAGAGAAUACCUAAAAGGUGAACCAUUCAAAGAGUACCAAGAUAGUAUGUAUUACUCCAGAUUCUUACAGUGGAAAUGGUUAGAAAGGCAACCAGUAACAAAAAAUACCUUCAGGCAAUACAGAGUGUUAGGUAAAGGAGGAUUCGGUGAGGUUUGCGCAUGUCAGGUCAGAUCAACAGGCAAGAUGUAUGCUUGCAAAAAACUGGAGAAAAAGAGGAUAAAGAAGAGGAAAGGAGAGACAAUGGCUUUGAACGAGAAAAUACUGCUCCAGAGAGUUAAUAGUAGAUUUGUAGUUAGUCUUGCCUAUGCCUUCGAGAUGAAAGAAGCCCUGUGUUUGGUCCUGACGAUUAUGAACGGAGGUGAUCUCAAGUUCCACAUACACAACAUGGGCAGUCCUGGGUUUGAGGAGGAAAGGGCUAGGUUCUACGCGGCUGAGAUCCUCUGCGGUCUUGAGGACCUUCAUCGAUUAAGGAUCGUCUACAGGGACAUGAAACCUGAGAACAUCCUUCUCGAUGAUGAUGGUCAUGUACGUAUCUCUGAUUUGGGUCUGGCAGUGGAGAUACCAGAGAAUGAUACCAUUAGGGGUAGAGUGGGGACAGUUGGAUACAUGGCUCCAGAGGUGGUAAGGAAUGAGAGGUAUACAUUUAGCCCUGACUACUGGGGUCUAGGAUGUCUGAUCUAUGAGAUGAUAGAAGGAAGGGCUCCGUUCCGAGCGAGGAAGGAGAAGGUGAAGAGAGAGGAGGUUGAUAGAAGAGUUAAAGAAGAUGAUGAAAAGUACAGUCAGAAGUUCAGCACAGAUGCACAGGAUAUUUGUAAAAAGUUGUUACAGAAGGACCCAUCAUUAAGAAUGGGCUUUGAGAAUGGAUCAGCACAGACUGUCAAGGAUCAUUCUUUCUUCAACUCAAUUAGCUUCAGCAGGCUUGAAGCUGGAAUACUAGCUCCGCCCUUUGAACCAGAUAAGAGAGCUGUAUACGCAAAAGAUGUGCUGGACAUAGAGCAGUUCUCAACAGUCAAAGGAGUAAACUUGGACCAAAAUGAUGACAGAUUCUACACCAAAUUCAACUCGGGUAGCGUAGCCAUUCCAUGGCAAAAGGAGAUGAUAGAGACAGGUGUAUUUACAGAGCUCAAUGUGUUUGGGCCUAAUGGUACCCCUACAGCUGACUUGAUGCCUGAUCUACCGCCACCACCACCUAAACAAGGCUUCUUCAAGAGGAUAUUUAGGAUUAAGAGCAGCGAUGACCGACAAUGACACCUUGCCAAACAACCCUCCUGAGCAAGCGAGGGCAUUCUCUUAUUUCUACACGACUGGCCGGCUCAGCUCUCGACUCAACUGGAUUGAAGUAAGCGGGACCAUGCUGCUUUUUAACAUUACCUUAUGAACACAACACAUGGCUGUCAACACUGCCACUGCUCUUGAACGUCUUGUGAACUUGACUUUGUAGGAUGUACAGCGCUCUAUGUGUUUCCUGACUUCGCUAAAAAUCGCAUUCUUCUGAGGUGUCCUCUAUGAUGCUGUUUGCUUCGCUUUUCUGAAAAGAAAUCUUUGUUUGUGCAAAUCACGACCACACAUCGCUUGAUUACACUUGAUUGUAAGUUUGAAAUAGUCAUCGGAUGACUGACACAGCAGAUAAUUUCACAUGCCAAGCACAAUGACGCAUUGAAGUCAAAACACGUUAGCUAGCAAAAAUGUAUGGUAUCUUUCACAAAAAGAAGUUUGUAGCUCUACAGCUUUGUUCACACAUGACACAUAAAUCCCUUGGGGUCUUUUCCUACUUUAGUUUGUAUUAGAGUAAAAUCAUCAAUAGAAAGAAACAAAGAACAUAAGAUGUUCAUAAUAUUGAUCAAUUGACUCGAGCAAAAAAUUGGUGUAGGAGCAUUUUUGUGAAAAUACAAUUCUAUCUGUGUUCUGAAAUGCAAAACUGUGAAGGGUACAGGAAAUGUAAAGCCUGAUUUCAAAAGAAAAAAAACAUGUCUAUUUCAUUGGUGAACCAGAUCACUCAAAUAGUCAAAUAAGUGAGCUCAUCAUGUAAAAAUGAGAGGCUUCCUAGGAGAAUCCUAAAAUAUUUCUUGAUACUGAAUGCUCACAUUGAAAAAGUGGUGGAGUAUAUCGAACCAAACUCCAAUCCCACGAUGGUAAAUCCUUGUGUAGCAUAUGGAAAACAUGCAGUGACAUGAAGGAUUCCAGUUCUUUGCGCAUUGUCUCAGGAGAAAGGGGCUGUGCAUCAAAGUGCACCACCAAAGAGUGUCAGUGGAAACAGCCUUGCUGAGAACUUUUUUUGUUUUGUAGAUGACUACUGUCAGGGAUUUGACGUGAACUCUUACCUCGCGUUUCAACAUAGAUUCCUUCGAUUAUGUUUUUUUCUGAGGCUCUGUAAAUACAAGGACCAGUAUAUCAUACCUUCUUCUAGUAUAUCUGCUCAGUGUAUGCUUUUAAUGGUAGCCAAAUCUUUUUUUGAAUGAAGGAAUAUGGUGGUUUACAUGUCCUUUGGUUUUCUCUUAAAUUGCUCCACCUAUUACUAUUGCUGCAAGUAUGUUGCAUAUUGGUCUUGUCUGUCUGUCUGUAGAUAAGUACUCUGCUAAAAAAAAGUGAAAUAUCAUAAAUUUUGAAAUAGAUUGAUAAUUAAACGCUCUACAUUAUUGAACUUUGAAAGAUCUUAUUUUUUUAAAGUAAUUUCUGGAAGCUCUAUUUUUUCUUGAUUACAAUCCUUAAAUCAUCUCACCCUUUGAUUCAAAACAAAUGUUUUCUUCGAAAAAUAUACCUGUAUUUUAGAACAUAUGAAAGGGGUUAAGUGACCCAACUCUUAUGGCAUACAUCUAUAAAUUGAAUUUAGACAAGGUCUUGCAAAUCUUGUGAAUGGAACUGUCGGAAAACCUAUCUUUGAAUAGGGUUGUGUUUUUAGUGUGUCUUGUGAGUUACAGUGGACCAAAGUAUUCACUCCCGGUGAGUAGAAACAAUCCUUUCUCUUGCCUAAGAUUCCUCAUGUAUUGAUACCAUUUUUGUUUUUAAAUGUAGACUUAUUGAACCCCAGCAUGUCAAUACAUUGUCUGUUUACAGGAAUUUCCUUUCCCAGUGAUGUGUAGACUAUUCAAGCCUGAGUCCCAUUGCAUAAUACUCAAUAUUGAUGGAAGCAUUGCUAUUGAUGAUUACACCCAUGGAAACAUUGAUUGCAUUGGGCUAAUGUGCAAUGUUACCAUGGCAACUACCAUUAAAGCAGACUAACCAUUGAAAAUGAGUUUUAUGUGAUGGUAGCCCGGCUUGUGAAAUCUAUUUCUUUUAUUCAAGGUUCCAAGUUCAUUAUGUCUUUGGAUGGCUGAGAAUAAGAAUGGCAACGUUGAUUGAUCGCAAUUGUCAGACUAUAGAGGGCACUUGUCAAGAAAGGUGCAAUGUUUCACUAGGUUAGUGCAUGGAUAGAACACCAAUUUUGAAGAAAAAAAAUAUUCACUUUUGAAGGCCUAUAUGCAUAAAGAGACUUUCUUAAGUCAUUACUAAUACAGGGAAGUGAUUCUUUGUCUAUGAUUGUUAAGACUUUGUGAGGGUUUUGUUAAUUUGAGAGUUGACAUUUCAUUCUCUUGUAUUGAUUCCAUGAGCCUGUCUUUGUUAUCAUUUGCGAUUCAUUGCUCCUGUGUAACCAGUCCCGAGGUUAUGUCUGACUUUAUAUAUUGACAAGUUCAAGUGCCCUGUGUCACAUAAAUGAAAUACAAUCAAUCGUAUGAUAAAUUUUAACUCUUUAUUACAUGAAUUAAUAUCAAUCAUAAUAUUAAUUGUAUCUUCUAUGUUAGAGGGCAUGAAUUUCCUUUUCUAUAAAUGAAAUCACUGAUUGGAAUACUGACUAUGACAUUCUUUUACUUGAAACAGUUGUUUGACAAUAUUUGCUUUUAUUAGGUAGAAGAGAAUCAAAAUAAAUCUUCAGAUCUACUCUACAAGAAACCCAAUCUCUCUUGGGUAUUCUGCCAAUUACGUAGUAAAAUUCACAUUUUUUUAUGCUGCACAGACACCAUAUUUUUUUGCCAAUGUUCCCUUUGUAAUUGCAAAGUAUGGAAGACACCAUAGGAUUCAGGUAUUCAGUCUCAAAGACUGACCACAGUGUGAUUGUGUUAUCUUUAAGAUAAUUAAUGUUUAGUGGUGCUGUAAGAUAAUGAUAUGAUUUCUACAGAUACUUGAUUCAAAGUUGCCAGAGUACAAGAAUAGCGUUAGACCUUUGACAGAAGUGCUAUGUGGUAAAGAAAUGUCUUGACUUAAUAGACGGCUUACUCCUAGUUGUAAAAUCACUUUCUUCUUAGCUUUGUGUGACAGAUAGAUUAAGAGGUUACGGGCUUGUACAAUGAUAACUGGAAAUAUUAACCACCUAGUAAAAGCUGUUUUGUUAAUUGAGGCUAUGCAUUUAUAAUUUUAAAGAAAAAAAAAGAAUAAGAUGAUGUGCAAUCGAUUAUUGGGUACUGUUUUAUGAUUGACAAUAACCGGGUGAUUGGGCUAUUCUGUACAUGUAUGUAAUGUUUGCAAGUAAAAUUAUAGAUAAGCACAGUUAUUUUUUGUUGUGUUGUUAUUUUGUUGUUUUUAAGAGAGUGGCUUUAAUGGUUCUAUUCUCUGGGAGGGCUUAUCUGUAUAUUCUCUCUUUAAAAAUAGGGGGAAUCCAGACUGUAUCAUGAUUUGCAAAAUGUACUUUUUGAAAAUCUCUGUCGAACAUAUUUGAAUGAACACGGUUUGCUUUGUAUUUGUUGCAGUUAUGCUGGCAGUAAUGCCUUUUGAUUGUGUAGAACCAAUAUCCAAAUAGAAAAUGUUUCUUUCCCUUGUCAUGAGAAUAGUUUUGUGAAGGGGAAUAUUUCAUUUUCUAUCUAAAGAGGGUUUCUUUGUAAGUUAUCUUUUUUCUAGUCUCUCGGUUCAUUUCUAACACUUUGCUUUGGAGUUUAGUUUUCUGUAACUACAUUGAUGAAGGCUUGUAAAACCAGGGAUGGUAAUGUAAGGGUUGAUAGGCAACUUUUCAUGUGUCAAGCGAUGACUUUGAAA